CAAAAAAAAAAAAGUAAAAAGAAAAGUCGGGGCUGGACUCGAGACGAGAGCGUGUUGGAUGAAGGCAAAGAACGCGGCAAUGACAGUGCUCGUGUCAACCACACCAUAGACCUCAUAUCCUCAUCACUGCACACUUGUCUCUCCCUUCUCUCUCUCUCUCCUCUCUCGCUCUCUCUUCUCUGAUUCUCUCUGUUCUGUAUCAACAUCAAUCAACACUCUGUUUCUCGUUCCCCGGCCAUUCUCUAUUUUACACUUCACAUUCAGCACAGUGUCAACACAUACAUAUAGUUAUAUUAUAUAAAAACGCUAUGGCUGGAAGAGAAAUCCUUAACAAGAUGAAGGACUUGGAUUCGGGGAAGAGGAUUGGCAGUGCUGAGAUGUGUUCUGGUCUGUAUGUUCUAAGGAAUGAAACUCAAUCUACUCGCACAGCCCAAAAAAUUAGUUUGCUUUCUUUGAAUAACCAAUCCAUUUCUUGUUCUAAUAAAGAUAGUGAUAUUAUGCUAUGGCACUAUCGUCUUGGUCAUCCAAAUUUUUUGUAUUUGUCAAAAAUGUUUCCCUCUUUAUAUAUUAAUAAAAAUCCAAACUCCUUUUGCUGUGAAAUUUGUCAGUUUGCAAAACACACUCGCAAUAGUUAUUCUAGAUCAACAUAUAAACCAUCCAAACAUUUUUCAUUAAUUCAUAGUGAUGUUUGGGGCCCUUCGCGGGUCAAUACUAUAACAGGAAAAAGAUGGUUUGUAUCUUUUAUAGAUGAUCACACGAGAUUAACUUGGGUGUUUCUCAUGAAAAAUAAAUCAGAAGUGGGUGAAAUAUUUCAGCGCUUUCAUUCUACGAUUCAAACACAGUUUCAAACUAAGAUUCAAAUUCUCAAAACCGACAAUGCCAAAGAUUUCUUUAAUUCUAUUCUUGGUCCUUAUCUGAUACAACAAGGCAUCAUUCACUUAAGUUCUUGUGUGUUGAUACUCCUCAGCAAAAUGGAAUUGCUGAACGCAAAAAUCGACAUCUCCUUGAAGUUGCUCGAUCUCUCAUGUUUGGGACUCAUGUUCCCAAAUUUUUCUGGGGUGAUGCCAUUCUUACUGCUGCAUACCUCAUCAAUCGAAUGCCAUCCAAGGUGCUAAAAUUUCAAACUCCUUGUCAAACUCUUUUGCAACUAUUCCCUCAUACUCGGUUCAUUAGUUUUGUUGACCCUAAAAUCUUUGGAUGCAUUGUUUUUGUACAUAUCUAUUCACAACAUCGUAGUAAGUUGGAUCCUAAGUCUAUCAAAUGUAUCUUUAUUGGUUAUUCCUCCCAUCAAAAGGGUUACAAGUGUUAUUCUCCUACAACUCGAAAAACUUAUAACUCUAUGGACGUAACCUUUUUUGAAAAACAUGCUUACUACAAAUCUGAGAUUCAGGGGGAGAAUGUAAAUGAAUCUCAUCUUUGGGAGAGUAUUCCAGGUACCCAUACUGACAUUAUUCCAGGUACUCAUACUCGUACUCCACCUCUCGAUCAUACUCAUACUCAUACUCCACCUCUCGAUCAAUUUUCCAAUCCAGUCACAGACACUUCUUCGACCUCUUCAGUCAUGGAAAAUCAAGGUCCAUCUAAUUCUUCUCAAGUCAUAGAAAAUCAAGAUCCACUCAUGACUAUUGAGUCUCAACAACAAGAACCUAAAGAGAUUCGUGUCUACCAAAGAAGGAAAUAUUCUGACAAAGAAUUAAAAGAUCAAACACAUCUUGAGUGUCGCCAUGAAUUGGAACUGGAUCCACAUCCUCCAGAAAUACAUUCAGGUUUGAGUAAUCCUAGUCGUGAUAAUGUUAUUCAUAUAAAUGAUGACCUGCCUAUUGCUUUAAGAAAAGGUGUUCGAGCUUGUACUCAACAUCCUAUUGGCAACUUUGUGUCCUACAAAAUCUUAUCUCCAUCCUAUCAGGCAUUUGUUUCUACUCUUGACAGUGUACAGAUUCCUCGUACAAUUCAAGAGGCACUAACUGAUCCUAGUUGGAAAAAGGCUAUACAAGAUGAGGUCAACGCCCUGGUGAAGAAUGGUACUUGGGAAAUCACAAAAUUGCCAACUGGAAAGAAACCCGUGGGAUGCAAGUGGGUAUUCACUAUUAAGCAUAAAGCAGAUGGUAGCAUUGAGAGGCUUAAAGCUCGCUUGGUUGCCAAGGGUUUCACUCAGUCUUAUGGGAUAGAUUAUCAAGAGACCUUUGCACCCGUUGCUAAACUCAACACCAUCCGUGUCCUUCUCUCUCUUGCUGCAAAUCAGGACUGGCCACUACACCAACUAGAUGUUAAGAAUGCUUUUUUGAAUGGUGACCUUGAAGAAGAAGUCUAUAUGGAUAUCCCACCUGGUUUUGAGAAUUCAUCCAACCAUGAUAAAGUAUGUAGACUCAAAAAAUCUCUAUAUGGCCUUAAGCAAUCUCCACGAGCAUGGUUUGGAAAAUUCACUAAGUCUAUCAUUCAGAAUGGCUAUACACAAUGUCAGGCAGAUCACACAUUGUUUGUCAAACUCGACUCAGAUAAAAGGAUAGCUAUCCUAAUCGUUUAUGUUGAUGAUAUAAUAUUGACAAGUGAUUACAAGGAGGAACUAGUAAUGUUGAAAAGUUUCUUAUCAAAGGAAUUUGAGAUUAAAGAUCUAGGGUAUCUCAGAUAUUUUCUUGGCAUGGAAAUUGCACGAUCAAGACAUGGCAUUUUUGUUUCUCAACGUAAGUAUGUUCUCGACUUACUCAAAGAAACAGGAAUGCUUGGGUGUAAACCAGCCUCAACUCCAAUGGAAUCGAACAAGAAAAUUGGCUCGGGGACUGAUUAGACACCUGUGGACAGGGGGAGAUAUCAAAGGCUAGUUGGACGUCUUAUUUAUUUAUCUCACACUAGACCUGACAUUGGUUUUCCUGUUAGUGUGGUGAGUCAAUACAUGAAUAAUCCAACAGAGGAACACAUGGAAGCAGUUACAAGGAUCCUGAGAUAUCUCAAGAUGACUCCAGGAAAAGGUGUGCUUUUCAGGAAGAGUGAAAAUAAGGAAAUCAGAGUGUACACUGAUGCACACUGGGCAGGAGAUAUAACAGACAGAAGGAGUACUUCAGGUUACUGUUCUUAUGUUUGGGGUAAUCUAGUAACAUGGAGAAGUAAGAAACAGGCAGUUGUUUCUAGAAGCUCAGCUGAAGCUGAGUUUAGAGCUCUAGCUCUUGGCAUUUGUGAGGGAAUUUGGCUGAAAAAGUUACUUGGCGAACUGGGAGUAUUUACAGAAGAGUCUAUCCAAAUGUUUUGUGACAGUCAAGCUGCCAUUAGCAUUGCAAAAAAUCCUGUACAUCAUGACAGGAAUAAACAUAUUGAGAUAGAUAGACACUUCAUCACUGAGAAGAUUGAGAAUGCCAUUGUUCAAACCGUUUAUAUUCCAUCAAGAUUUCAAACAGCUGACAUCCUCACUAAAGCUCUCCCAAGAACCAGCUUUGAAGAUUUAAUUUGCAAGCUUGGGAUGUUUGAUAUACACAACCAAGCUUGAGGAGGAGUGUGGAUUUAUUUCAGUAAUUAGUUAGUUGACCACAGCUGUAAAUAGGGAUCAAUUUGGUAUUAAUACCAAAUAUUUUGUAUAUUUAUUCUUUCUAAAAUUAGGGGAUUUUACAGCUGUACUUUCUAGAAUUAGUUAUUUGUAUUUAUUAGGUCAGAUCCUAGGUUGUAUAUAUAUUCCCUCUCUUUGAGAUAAUAAUACACAGAAAAUAUUCAAACAAUCACACUAUCACUAUUUAGGGUGAUCCACGAUCCAAAUAUAUAUAUAAAUAAGACAGUAUAUUUAAGAGAGAUAGAAUAGAAUAUUAAUGUUUUGUUUUGAAGAAUAUUAAAUUUUAUUUUAUUUUAGUAAGGAAGACCAUUUAUAAAAAAUUUAGGCAGCUCAUUUAUGUCUAGUAAGGCAGAAUUUUUUGUCAUUUAUUUUUAUAUUGUAACAUUUUAAAAAAAUUAGUCUUUCUUUUAUUAAAGAAAAAAAAAACCUUGUUGGGUCGGGUCUGACCCGCCCCAUCACAUCCAGUGCGGGUCUGACCCGACCCGCAUAAGGCGGGGCGGGGCGAAUCUUUAGCGAGGUAGGGCCGACCUGCCCCAUUUACAUCCCUAUCUAUAGCAAUUGUAGGCAUUGUGACUAGGGCAUAUGCAAAGUUGACAAAUUAGUCUUGAUCCAUUAGAGUUUCUUGAACCAAGUAAGGCACAACGAUCGAAGUUGGUAGAGGCCUGAUUAUAAGGAUUGCCACGACCUUGAGCAGAUCGAUUCCAAGAAGGGGGGUGAUAGUAUUGCGAGUGGCGAUAAGCAACAUUGGCCACAAUAGGAGCAGCUUCAUCCACUGACAAUUGUUGUUCAAGACGCGAUUCAUGAGCCAAGAAAAGGCUAGUAACGUGUUCAAAAGAAACACCCUUCGAUUUGGAGGUGAUAGACACCACAAAAGAGUUGUACUUGACUCUUAGGCCAGCAAGAAGGUAAAGUACUCUCUAUCCGAGAUUUUCUUUGAGACAACAGCUGGUUGGUCAGUAAGACUUUUAACUUUGAGAAUGUAGUCCAUCAUAGAAGACACAUCUUUCUUGAUGGUUUGUAAUUGGAGGUGAAGUUGCAUGGUUCGAGCGUGAGAAGAAGAGGAGUAGAUCUGACUCGCAGACCAGGCAGCAACACUUGUGGUGUGUCCAACAAUCUGGGACAUGAUUUCUUGAGUGAGACUGUGAGAGACAAGUAGAUCCAACUGAGGAUGAGUCGAUCUUUCCUUUGCCAAAGCAGAAAUUUAGGAUUGAGACCUGGAGUUCCAUCGACAUGUUGAGCAGGAGCAACAUUAGUGCCAUCAAGAAAGUCUUCAAUGGCAUUGGCAUAGAUGACAUUUUCCAAUUGCGCAUGCCAGAGGAAAAUUUGUGCGAUCAAGCUUGACGCUAAGAGUAUGAUUCAUUGCUUGCGAGAGGGCAAAAAAUUGUUGUUGUUGAGCUGUGAGAGCAGACAAAGAUGAAGUAGUGGUGGCAACCGCAGGGACAUUGGACUGAGCAGGGGUAGUAGAAUCAUCAGUGGUGGUGUUCACCAUUGUAGAACAGUAGAAGAAAUUGAGGAAAAAUAGUAGAAGAGAAAUCAAGAAAGGAUCGAGUAGUAGUCUGAUUACAUGUAAAAUAUAGAGGGUAUGUGAAGUAAAAUCUCAGAAUGAAUGAAUCUCGUCUGAUCUACAAGACUUAUUAUUUAUAUUGAAAGAGUUACAAGAAGAGUCAAAGCAGAAUUACAAUUAUAUCCUCAAGUAACUAUCCAAGAUUACAACAGAUAAAACAAACUUAACUAACAUAAGAGCCUAGUCAAGUAGGUUCUCUAACAUUUAUGACGCUAGUUCUUGUCUUUGGUUUUUGGUUAAAGGUGCAUCAUUACAUUUUGUCUAUGUCGUAAAAAGGUUAGUCCAGAUAUUUGUUCUUUGGGUACGUAAAAUGCUUUAGUAAGCUCAGUUGAUCAUUAAUAUGAUAGGGGCACGUACUAAAAGAAAAAGAAAAAAUUAAUCGUACUAGCUUCUCUAGAUCCACUGUCCCUUCAUUGUUUGUAGUACGAAGUACUCUGUGCUGGAAAAAUCAAGUUGAGAAUAAUGCAAGUCUUUUACAGGAAAAGGUGGGACUAGGUCCAUCGGAUUGUGAGUCUGGGAAAGGGAAGAGCAAA